UUCCUGGCUAGGCAAAAAGCAAUAGUUUUAAGCAUGACCGAACAGUAUGUGCCGUCGAAUGCCGAAUCUGUUGUACUAUACGCGUCUUAUCAACGCCGUUCUCGUGUGUAAAUGGAAUAAUCACAGGACCUGUAGGCUUCGCCACAGAAAACUCGCCUUUUCGUUUGUUCCUUGCCCAUGUCUGAGCGCUCUCAAUGUGUGUGCGAUCCUUGCUCUGGCUAACAUCCGGUGGCGCAAAUGGAUGAGGUCGGUACAUUGCACCAGUGUCGAUGAGAAGGAGGUCGCAACUAAGCGGAAGGACACCUACGAUACACUAAGAAGAAUACUCGCUUUUCUCUAUGAGCGCAUUGUGGUGCGAAAUUCCCCGAAAGCCGAACCGUGUGAAGCAAACAGUGAAAGGUAUAAGGGGCAUCGAGCCACAUUUCGCGACAUAACCAUACAGGAGUAUGAGAACAGAUUGCGUUCAUACUCGAUGCCAGAUAAGAUCUUCCGAUAUUUUGCCACAAUUAAGAUGAAGAACGAAGCUGGACGAUGGGAAAUAUUCAUGACACCGAGAGAUUUCUUACGCGCUAUAACACCAGGUCUACGACAACCCGAAAACCUUGGCUUAGACAGAUUCCGUAAGGUAGACCAGAGCCAUAUUAAUCAGCUUCCCCUCCUGCCAAAGGAUAGUAUUUUCUACAAAUUUCGUUCCGAUGGCCUGUUAACUUUUGGUGACUACGUUUUCCUAGUAAUGUUAAUGUCAAUUAGCGAGCGUUACUUUGAGAUCGGGUUUCGCCUAUUCGAUCGCGAUGGGGAUGGCGACCUCACCAAAGAAGACCUACGUUUCAUGACGGAGAGUGUUGGCAAUGGCGAUGGUGUGCUUACGAACCAUAAUCUGAGCCGUUACUUUUUUGGGCAGAAUCACAAUCAAACGUGCAGCAUAGAGAAGUUUCAACAAUUUCAGCAGCAGGUCCAUGAGGAGGUACAUAAAAUGGAGUUUAAUAUGCUGGCCAAGAAAACUGGGGCGAAUAAUAAGAAAGCCAUCGGCGAAGUGGCCUUCGCUAAAAUGUUGCUCAGCUACGCACGCAUGCCCAUAGCGGAGAAGACGGAAAUACUGAAGCGUAUUCAGAAAAAAUUCACCAAGAACAGUCAAGGAAUUUCGCUGACUGAGUUCCUGAUGUUCUUUAAAUUUGUCAAGGAUAUGGCUGCAAUCGAUACAGCGCUCACCUUCUACUACCUAUCUGGGGCAAAUAUCUCUCGCAGUACGCUGCGACAAGUGUCCCAUGUGGUGGUCGGCGUCAGUCUGUCCGAUCAUCUGAUUGAUGUCAUCUAUACGGUCUUCGAUACAGAUAAUAAUGGCAUACUCAGUCGCAGCGAGUUCAUCAGCGUGCUGCGGGACCGUAGUUCGGGACGCAUCAAAAAAAAUAAAUCCAUAGGCCUCGCUCAAAUGCUAUCUAUAUUGUACAGAUGUGCUGUUGACACGUCUCCCAUUUAAUAGCUACUUGUCGCCACUGUGGCUUACACACGAGUACAUAUACUUGUAUGUUCCGGCCUUGCAUCGCCCCCUCAAUCAUUUUUAUGGCCAAAUCAAAAUAAAUUGUUAAGGCAAGCAAAACAGAAGCACUCCGAAUUUUAUCGCAGGC